GCCCUUAGUUCAGACCUUCCAUCAGGGCUGAUCAAACCAAAGGCUUGGAGAGAUGCGUUUAAAUAUUAUUAUUUAAUUUUGCUAUUUUUUAUUUUGACUGAUCACCCCAAACAUCCCUCUUUUCAAUUAAAUUAUUUUUCUAUAAUGUAUUUACAAAUAAAGGAUUACUCAUUUAUUUAUCUUAUACAUUCUUAAUAUUUUAAAAAUUGUUAAAAAAAUAUUUUUAAUGUACUUAAUAAAUCAUAGAGUGAAAGUAAUGUAAGUGAAUCCUUUAUUGCAACUAAGAUGAAACGUAAUACUUAAUAUAAUUAUAUAUUAUAUUAUAUAAUAUUUAUACUCCGUAUACAAAUUCCUAUAUUCUUGUUUUGUUUUUUUUUUUGUUGACGAUAUUAUUUGAUCACUACUUUUCCUGUUGUACAUUACAUUUGUGCACCGUAGCUACUGUUUUUUAAGCACGUGGUUUUAAGUUCCAUAUGGAAGAUUUACGAUCAUAAUAUAAUUUUUAGCAGUUAUAGUUGAUUUUACAUCUAAAUGAACUGCUAUUAUACGAGUUAUUUAAAAGCAAUUUUCAACUACUAUGUUUGUCUAAAAUUGCUAUUAUGUGCUUCAACAGCAUGCGUGUCUUAUCAGCUAAUUAUGUUAGUUUUAAAAAAUAAUAAAAAUAUUUUCAUGUCCAGUUUGUUCAGAAAUUUCAGUUAAGAAUAUUUUGAAACAUAGGUAAUUCAAGUAAUAACGUAUUUAAUUUCCAAUCUGUUCGUAAAAAAAUAGAAAAAGAAAUUAAAAUUAUAUCAUGAGAGCUUGAAUUGAUUAAGCUGCGAGUAUAAGACUCAUUAACCGAACUCAUUUUAUAAAACCUGUCAAGAAGAACUUUAAAGGACCUUCCCAAUGAAAAAUACAUUAAAGAGUGAGAUAAUAAAAAAUUGAUAAUUCUUAAAUAGAUUUUCUAUAGGGAGAAUAAUUUUCAGUAGGUCAUCAACUUCUUAAAACUUGACGAAAUUCCUCUAUGGGUUAUUCACCUCGAGAAAACGGUACAUUGAUGAGUGGUAGUAUGUUUACAGUAGGUGUGUUAGUGUGUGAGUGAGGAGGGAGUGUCCUUGACGAACAGCGGCUUCUUGACACCACGUGGGUGAGCAAACUAACCUGACAGCGGAGGUUAUUGUUUUGGCUGUGUGUUUCCCGGCGUGUUUUUCUUCUUCUUAAAAAUGAAGAAUAUGCUUGAAUCAAAGGGUUCUACAUUCACUGUGGAAGAAUUGGAAGAAAAGAAAAAUGGAAAAAAAAGAAAAUUGGAGGAUGGAGUAUCUACUGUCUCUAAAAAGAUUAAAAACAAAGGCAAAGUGGUGAAACCACCUACUGCAGAAGAAAUUGUUUCCUUAAAAGAAGCCGACAUUUUAUUUCAGUCCCGUCUUUUCAAAUUACAAGUUGAUGAAAUGUUGUCAGAGUUAAAACCUAAGAAGUCGGUGAAGCGAUAUAUUCCUUCCUGGCUGGAAAAUUUUAAAAAAACUCUCAUGAACCUACCAGAUCAAGAAGAAGCUAUAUCAUUGGAUGAUACUAAAUGGGUGGAAGAUUUGAAUAUAACUUUACCAUUCAAGAGAAAGAAAGAAGUUGAAAAGGGCACAUUUAAAUUCAUGAAACCUGUGGAUGUUUGCACUAUUGGUUCUUAUGACUUAUUGUGCCCAUUAGGACCCAUGUUUUCUUUAGAUAUUGCUGUUGUCAUGCCAAAGAAAUUUUUGCAGAAAAUAGAUAAUCUGAACCAACGGUAUCAUCUUAAAAGAGUGUUGUAUCUUUGUUAUAUUGCCUCCAAAUUGCAGGACAAUGAUUUAAUUUCUUCUGAGGUGAAAUUUAGUUUCUCCUCCAUGUCUGGAGAUAUUACCAAACCUUUGUUAACAUUUCGUCCAUCUGGAAAGUUAUCAACUUUUAUCGAAAUAAAACUUUUUCCAGUCCCUGAAAUGCAUAGUUUCAUCUUUAAGCGAUUCAUUCCAUUAAAAAAUAAUGUAAGGGCAGAAUGGUGGGGAGCAGAAAUUGAAGGAUUACAAGCAACACAGUACUACAAUGCUAGUAUAUUAGAAGAUCUUGUUUUAACAGAAAAUCACAAUUUCAAAAAGAGUUUUUUUGAAAAAAAUCAGCACUUGAGGGAAGCUUUUAUACUAAUGAGGGUUUGGUUAAAGCAGCGGGAACUAAGUCAAGGCUUAGGAUCUUUUAAUUCACAUAUUACAGCAAUGGUGUUGGUUUAUUUAAUGAAAAUUGGAAAAAUUAACAAACAUAUGAAUUGUUACCAAAUUAUAAGGCAUAUUUGGAUGUAUCUAGCGGAUACAGAUUGGACUUCAGAUGGCCCAACCCUUUGUUCUAUCGAAGAUAAUGAUAUGCCAACUAAAGAUAUUUUUCAUUUACAUUAUGAUGUCGUUUUUAUUGACACUAGCGGAUUUUUCAAUAUAGCCUCAAGGCUUAACAAAUAUCUCUACCUGAAGGUGAAAGAAGAGGCUGCAGCAGCUAUGAAACACCUUGAUAAUUAUGAGAUAAACAACUUUAAAGUUUUGUUUAUGACUAAAAUGCCUUUUCUACAACAAUAUGAUACUGUCAUUUGUUUGAAAGAUAUUGCAGCAAUACAGAAUGUGGUGAAACAAAAAGGAGAUCCCAUUAGAAUAAUGGACUCUUGCGGAAAUCCAGUACCUGAGUUCAUUCGAUUAGUUACUGAUGUGCUUGAAAGAGGUAUGGGUCAUAGAAUAUCAUCCAUUGGAUUCCAGACAUCACCUGAUAAUAACUGGGAGUUGAAUUCAGAGCCCUCACCAUUUGUACCUAUUUUAAUUGGUUUGAUGCAUAACCAUGAAACAGCUCUUUCUUUAAUUGACAAAGGUCCUCAGUCAAAUGAAGCUGGGGCUGAAGAUUUCCGAGAGUUCUGGGGAGAUAAAUGUGAUCUGAGGAGGUUCAAGGAUGGUACAGUAUGUGAGUCAGUUGUCUGGGGCGAUGCAGAGUCCACUGUCGAAUAUCGUAGGGGCAUUGUAAAUAAAAUUGUGUCCUAUCUUCUCAAUACAAAACUUGACCUGAAAUGUCCUAUUAUACCAUCUGAACCAUUUCAAGCCAUCAUAGGAUGCAAAUCAGAUGGUUCAAACUUUGAACGAGAAGAAGAAUGUCGCAAAGUUCAUUUGGCUUUUGAAGAUUUAGCUAGGCAGUUGAGAGAUCUUCCUGAUUUACCUUUGCAAGUAGUCAGCGUGCAUUGUAUAUCACCUGUUUAUAGAUUUACUGAUCCUUUUCCUCCUGAAAAGCCUGCCUUCCAUAAAAUUAUUGCUCCACUUGUCGAUGAUACAGUGAAAGGAAGGCUUUUUCCUGAUGAUGGAAAUUUUUCUUAUCGCCUUCAAUAUAUCUCUCCGAUUGACUUGGUUCUUCAACUGUCAGUUACACAAAAAUGGCCAAAUGAUAUCAAUGCUGGUAAAAGAUUGAUUGCUGCAUUUAAUAUAGCAAUUUCCGCAGCAUUAAAAAAAAAAUGUAAUUUAUCAUUCCAGUUAACUACUGAUUAUAUUGUAGUUAAUAAGGAUGGUUAUUUGUUUCGCCUUUUCCUAGGUUAUUCAAAAGAAAUUGGUCUUUUAAAGUUGAAGAUAACUGAACUAGGGGUUAAACAGUAUACUGACACUCCAGAAUCAUUAGAACUUGAAAAGAAAUUUAUAAAUCUUCCUAAGAUUACUGGGGCACUUUAUGGGUUGAGUGAAAAAUAUUCUAGUUAUAGCCCAGCCACUUGUCUCGCCAAGAGGUGGUUUUCUUGUCAACUGAUGGAUGACAGUCAUUUUCCAACAAUUUUAAUAGAACUCCUUAUGGCUUCACUCUACUUGACUCCACAGCCUUACACUGUUUCAUUAACAGUCUUUCCUAUGUUUCUUAGAUUUCUAAAUUUGAUAUCUACUACUGACUGGGCUGUAGUACCAGUAAUAGUGAAUUUGAACAACCUGUUGUCUAAAGAAGAAAUAAUUGAGAUAGAAGAGGUGUUUAGCAAGGAAAGGUCUAAUUACCCAACCUUGUUUCUCGCCACUCCUUAUGAUAAGGGUGGUUCAAUAUGGAGCAGAGUAGCACCCACCUUGCCUGUGCUUAUCCGCUUAGCCAAGUUAGCAGCAACGUCACUUCAGAUCCUUCAGAUGAAUAUUUUGAAGAGGAAUCCAAAAAAUAUUAUUUGUAGUAUAUUUCAACCUCCCAUGUCUGGCUAUGAUGCUAUCAUUAAGUUGGAUAAAAAACUUCAGUACAGGACUGAAGAAACAUUUCAAAGAGACCUGUCUCGCAUACCUUUCGGUCGUAAAUCUGACAGAAAUCCAGUGCUGCCUAUAUUGGAGUUCAAUCCUGUUGACCUCUAUGUAAAAGAUCUAAGAAAUAACUACUCCGAUUUCGCUCUUUUUUUCUAUGAUCCUCAUGGAGGUGUUGAAAUAGGUAUUUUAUUUAAACCAGAUUUUUUGAAGAGGAUAGACUUUAAGGUUACAAGUGUAAAUGGAAGGAAACCUCUAUUGGGCAACGAUAACUUAAUUAUCCUUGAUCCAAAUGUUGAGGGAAUUUUAGAAGGAUUUAAAAUCCUUGGAGAGGGUGUUGUUGAAUCAGUUAAUUUGAAGAAUAAACUGAUAUAAGAUGUAUAAUUUUUUAAAUGUACAUAGAAUAUUUUUAUAUAUGUAUAUAAAAUUGUAAAUAAAAUUAAAACUGUAAAUUUUCAA